AUGCAAGAACAGCUCUCUAGAAUGUUAGAUGAAACAACACCUAAUAUGUUAUCAGUGUUACUUAUCCUCACAACUGUUAUGUUGACAGUUACUGCACAGGAGAACCUUACACCAUAUGGAAACGCUACACAAGGGCCAAUGUUUGGUAGUAAUGGAAAACCAGAUAAUGCUGUUAAACCACCAAUUUCUAAUGAAUAUAAUUUGUCUAUUUGUACAAAAAGUUGGACAGAUAGGAGUAAUGUACCAGCAUGGUGGAUGUUCGAAUUUUCCUAUGGCAUUGCAUACAUUACAGAUAUAACAAUAUACUACAGAGAAAAUUUCGCUUUCCGGAUGAGUGGAUUUAAAUUAUAUGUGACCAAUACAUCAACUAUUCCACCAAACGGUUAUCUCUGCUAUGCAGAUCCUUAUCCUCCUUCUUUUCCCAGCAUCACUCAGACUAUAUCGUGUAAUCAACUUGGUAAAUAUGCCGUUUAUUAUGAUAACCUAGGAGCUGAUGAAGGAAGUGUGAUCACCGAACCUAUUGUUGAGUUGUGUUACGUUGCCAUCAAUGGAUGCAUUAAAGGUGCAUGGGGAACAAACUGUAAAGAUGAAUGUCCAUUUAAAUGUUUAAACCAAAAUUGUUAUCCUGGAAACGGCUCCUGUGUCUGGGGUUGUGAUCCACAGAACUGUUUAAAUAACACAUGCGAUAAACACACAGCGGCUUGUUCAGAAGGAUGUGAAACUGGAUGGAUCGGCCAGUUUUGUAAUAGGAGUAAGUCUUGUUUAAAUAUUUGUAUUUUUUUUAUAAAACAAUUGUGUGGUAUAACAACUAUUAUUUUCUCAGAUAUGCGAACUAUAAAACACAUACAAUUACUAGGAUUUAUAUUCAGUAUGGUAUAUGUGAUUAAACAACGGAAAUUUGUUCUACUUAACAAAUAA